AUGAUAUUUCCAACGCGGAACUUUUUAAGGUUAUGUCGAAACCAAAGUAUAAUAAAAACUCAUAUAAAUUACACUAAUCUAAGAACGAAUACUUCAGAAAUUAACGAAAAAGAAGAAAACGCAACGAUAAAUACAAAUUUUAAACAACUUCUACUUUCGUAUAAGGACAAAAUUGAGUUUAGUUCCUAUUUGGAACACGAAAAAUUAGAAUUAGGUUAUUAUAAAUAUUACGUGAAAUCAAUAAAAAAAGCUGCGCAAAUAGAAGCAAAAAAAUUUAGAGAAAAAUGUUUACCGCCAUUGCCUGUCUCAUUAAAAUAUUAUAUAAAUGAAAACAAAUUAUUAAAUGAAGAAAAGGAGGAGAUUGAUUUUACCGGACAAAAUACAACAUUCCACCUACCUUUUGCAAACAAAACCAAUGUUAGUGUAUUUGUAACAGAUAAAAACAUCAACAAGAAAAUAAGUAGUCAUUCUAAUGACAUGUCACCAAAAGAAUUUGACCAUUCUAAUUUAAACAAAUGGAUGACAAAUUAUGAACAUUUUGAUGAUAGCCAGUUGUCAUCUCUGGAAGAACUAGAAGAUGAAGAAACAAUGAAACAAGAAUGGUGUAAGAAUUAUGGGACUCCCGACCCUAUGGAAGGCAUUAGUCGAGUAACAUGUGGUGGGUGUGGAGCCCUACUCCACUGUAGUGACCCCGCUAUACCAGGAUAUCUGCCAAGUGAAAUAUUUAAGGGUCGUGAUGAGGAAGAAUUAAGAAAUAUAGAAUGUCAACGAUGUCACUUUCUAAAGGAGUAUAAUAUAGCAUUGGAUAUCACUGUACAACCAGAAGAAUAUGAAAAACUUCUACAAAAUAUAAGGCAUGUGAAGUCCUUGGUGCUACUGAUGGUGGACCUACUAGACUUCCCAUGUUCCAUAUGGCCUGGUAUUGUUGACAUCAUCGGCACAGACAGACCUCUCAUCAUUGUAGGAAACAAGGUUGAUUUGUUACCAGGUGAUAGUAUUGGCUAUCUCAAGCGUGUUAAGGACUCUUUUCUGACGGAAAUAAACAAAACAAGACUAAGCAAAGCUAAUGUAAAACAUGUUGCUCUUAUUUCUGCAAAGACGGGCUAUGGAGUUGAGGAGUUAAUAUCAGCUAUGUUCAAAAUCUGGCUAUAUAAGGGAGAUGUAUUCCUUGUAGGCUGUACAAAUGUGGGAAAGAGCUCAUUAUUCAAUGUUCUAUUACAAUCUGAUUACUGCAAAGUGCAUGCAAUAGACAUUGUUAAAAGAGCAACAGUUAGCAGGUGGCCUGGAACAACAUUAAAUUUAUUGAAAUUCCCCAUCAAUAGACCUUCAGGAUGGAAAAUACAUCAAAGACAGCAGCGACUCAAAUCGGAAGCUCACCUCUUAAAACUUGAAAAUGAAAUCAGAAGAGGACAAGUGAAAGGAAAAAUAUUUAAUGAUGCACCAUCACUAAUAGGGCACAUCGGAAGAACCUUUUCAAAACCAGUGAGUGAUGAAACAGAUGAAGUGAAGGUACCCAUUAAAGUUAUGGAUGAGAAACAUGAGCUAUUUGCUAACAGUAAAUGGUUUUAUGACACACCCGGUGUAAUACACCCAGAUCAAGUGCUAUCUUUACUCAGUACUGAAGAGCUGCUACUGACCAUACCAAAAAGUGUGAUAAGACCACAGAGUUAUUACUUGCACAAAGGGUUUAGUUUCUUUAUAGGUGGUUUAGCACGUAUGGAUUUCGUUGAUUGCACAGAACCGUGUAGGUUUACAAUAUUUUGUUCAGAACACCUACCAAUUACUGUUGUAAAGACUGAAGAUGCUGAUGAAAUAUACAAUAAGUUUCUAGGCACAGAAUUAUUUGCAGUACCCAUGAGUGGUGGAGAAAGACUGACCAGUUGGCCUGGAUUGAAAAGAAUGGAAAAUAUCAUGGAAUUUACAGGGCAAGGACCGAAAAUUUGCUGCGGCGACAUAGUUUUAUCAUCAAUUGGCUGGGUAUCGGUAACUGCAAAGAAUGGAACUUUGUGUCAAGUGGCUGCAUGGACGCCGGAAGGCAGAGGUAUUCACAAGCGUGUACCCUCGGUGUUACCAUAUUCAAUCAACUUGAAAGGUAAAAGAAUUCGAGAUACACCUGCAUAUAUGGUUGGAAAAGUAUAUUCUGAAGAUAGUAACUGA